CUCGCCUUCCUCCCCUCGCCCGGCCGGCCUGCCUCCGACGCGGCUCGGCCUGGCUCGGCCUCUUUCUGUUUUCCCCUCACAGCCCUUUCCUCCCCCUCAGCGGCGUCGCCGCCGCCUCCUCUUCCGCCCGCCGCUCAUGAUUGGCCCGCCGUGCGGCGGCGCUCGAACCCCAUUGGGUGUCCGGCGUCACGUGGGGGGUAGGAGGGCGGGGGAGGGAAAGGGAUUUUUUUUUUUAAGGAAGGCAAGACGCCGCCGGGCUUUUCUCUUUCCACUCCCUCAGUCGCUCCUCGCUCGCUCCGCCGUGUCGCGGGGAGACGGCGCGGCGCAAGGGACAAAACGCGUUUGUGAUGCUGAUUGGCCGCGUCUGGUAGCUCCUCCCCCGCGCUCCCCCCUGACGUAGCAAGAUGGCGGCGCCCAUGAGCGUGGGUGAAUAAGGAAGUGGGCGGGCGAGCACAAAAAGGAAGAUUUUGAGGGUGGAAAGGAAGAGGGGUUUUUAAAAUUCUUGUUAUUAUAAGCUUUAUUGAGUUGGUUUCGGGGGCUUCUCAUUUGUACUGCCUAGGGAAAUCUCACUAUAAUUCCUUUGGGGCCAAGAGAAGGUCUACAUUAGGGGCUGUCCUUGGGUCCCACGACAUAAAUUUUCCCCAGCGCAGCCUGCUGCCGAGACCUCCUUUUAUCCCCCACCCUUUUAAAAACAACACCCCCCCCCCCACAAUACCCUCCAGGCCUCUUCCCAUGUUUAGAGAGCCUAGCUCUAGUUUGCUGUGUCCUUAAAAUAUACGUUUAUAAACUUAGGUCAGCUUUUUAUGAUGAUACCUUUAUCCAGAACACAUAAGGAAAGGCGAAGCUACUUCUGAAGAAUCGCUCGUGGUUGCUUGGUCCCUUUCUUUGCCCUCAUUGCCCCAAAUUAUUAUUAUUUAUUAAAUUUACCAAAUACCAGAAUGUGGUGGGGUGGUUUACAGCGCCUGUCAUCAAGGCACUCCCUUGUGGUCGGGCGUCUCUGGCCAUCUGUCUUCGUUCGUGGUCCAGUGUUAUUGCAAGUGGAGUCAAGACGACCCUACACACCACAGGCAGGUAAGAAUUAAGGUUGCAGGCUGAUCCUGGGUUUGCUGUGGUUGGGAUUCAUACUUUUUGAUAGCUAGGAUUGGAAUGCAGGAAAUGCAGCACUGAGACAGCACAUUGUUACACGUAGCUCAGUGCCAUUUAUGGUGCCUGGCAGCUGCUAACAAUAAAGUAUUUCAGUUGGGUCUUUCUUAGUUUUACCUGGAGUUGCUGGGAAUUCAAAAUGGAAUGAGAUUUUGCAUCUAAAGUAUGGCAUGUGUUCUACCUCGGAGCUAUAGCCUUUCUUAAAUUAGGAACAGGUAAUGUUUUUUGGGCCAAGGGCUGCAUGGUCUCCUUGGUCAGUUUCCUCAGACCUAUAUGCCAGAAGUAGAGGUGGCCCGAAGAGGCUGCAUGCAAACAAACUGCUAACCCAUGCAGAAGUCUACUUUAUGUGUCAUGCCUAUUUUAAUUCCGUUUUCUUAUCACUGCUACUGAAGAUUGGUGGGGGAGAAAAUUUUGCGGGGUGGGGGGCCUGCAACAGAACCUCAGACGGGGAUUUAGCUACCCCAGCCUUAAAUAUUUCUCCACCCCCUGAAAAAAGUGUUUUCAGGUGUCAUUUUCUCAUAGUAGCAAACAGAAUGCCUCUAGGAUGCCCACAAGUUGGUCAUAAAAUAGAUAAUAAAGAUAAUAGGCUUCCCUCAUUGUUGCUGUUUUAACUGCUACCAUUCACCAUGUUGCCUUAGAACCUGCAGAUUUCAUUCUGGCACCACACAUUCUACACAUAUCCAUUGAUAGAUGUAUCUGUUGUGAUAAAGCCGAGUGUGCAGUGGCUUGCAUGUGUGAUCUGAUCUGGUUUUAAGCCUUUCACAGAAUCUUAAGAGUUGAUAAAGUCUUAGGACCUGGAUGGUUUUUUGAUCUCCCUUCACACUGGUGACAAUUAUCCUGCUGUAUUGAUCAUUAAGACAGAGCCAUGCUACUUACAAGUUUGGUUUCUCUCUUCUGUGAAGGCUUAAAUGUACCCUCCUUGAUAACAAAUGAUGUCUUUAGAAGACUUUAGAACUCAGCAUGUGCUUUCUACAAACAAGGAACAGCAGCUUACUAUCAAUGGUUACAGAUGCAGAAGUUCUUUUUUUCUUUUGCAGCUAGAGGGAGCUCUCUUUCAAUCUGAUGGCAUCUAACAUCUGCAGGCAAUGCAUUCUGGGAGAUGUAAUUCACUGAGAAAAUGGGCUGGACAAAGUCAUUAAAAUGAUGUUGGUUGGCAGCUGAUAGGCAGAAAGUCAAUGGAAAGAGUGGCAGCUCCUCUGGGGUGCUUGGCUCCACUCACUUACAUUUUAGACAGUGAGCUACACCAUGUACUGUAUGUAAAAUACUUUGACCAUUUAUUACAGUAUCUUAUCCCAAAGGAUGUUUUCUAAGAGAUACAUUUAAAAUUAGUGGUUCUUGAGCUACCUGCACUCCCUUUUCUUUUAUCUGUGGUACUUCACUGCCUCUGUAAAACAUACUGGCACAUAUAAAUUCAUAUUAAAAAUUAGAUUGCUAGCAGUUAAGCAAUGGAUGAAAAGAAUAAAAACCUAACUUUGUAAAGAUCAUCAUAGAUAGCCAUGGUGUAAGGGAGGGUCAAGCAUUCCAGAGCACUGACUGUUGUGUAUCUUUGAACAGAAAGAUUCAUAUUGAUUCAGUAAUUGCAGGAGUUCCCGCUUGCGGAUAGCAGCCUGUUCUGGGGGCUGGGAUCGGGGGAAGCUCGGGCUUCCCCCGCCCCAGCCCCGCGCCUGGGGGGGGGGAAUAAUUUUUUUUCUUUAUUUCCCCCCCAAAAAACUAGGUGCGCCCUAUGGGCCAGUGCGUCCUAUAGGGCAAAAAAUACGGUACAUUUGUCUGGAUUGUGAACAUUGGAUAUGUACAUAUUUUAUUUAUUUCUUAAACAGAGAUAUGUAUUUUUCUUGCAGAAAGGAAAAGGUUCUACCAGAAUGUCAGCAUCUCCCAAGGUGAAGGUGAGCACCUCUGUGUACUGUAGUUUGUCUGUCGUGCAGAUGUUUGGAACAGGCUCAUCUGGACUUCUUCUCCAUCCCAGCUCAAGGUUAUGUUAAGGUGAAAGGCAGAGACUUUGCCAAGGUGAGCUUUGUAGUGGAACAGGUGGAGCUACACCUUCCAUGCUGGCUCCUGUGUGUUGCAAAAGAUUCUAAUGCACCUAGAAGGGGUAUUGCAACACAUUCAGGAAAAGUUUUACUCAGGCUUUGGCAAAUCUUUGGUGGAAGAGAGUUCUAUUUGUGAGGUGGCUGUAGAAAACUUUGAUAUCUUCAUAUGUGGCUCCAAUGUCAGAAUGUUUUCGCUGCAAUUGAAAGCACACGUGUUUACACUGGUAUUUCUCUGACCAUUCAUAUAAUUUUGCUGUCACUGUUUGACCCUGUUUUAUUGAAGCAUUUUGUUUUUCUUAUGUUUGUUUUGGACCACCUUGGUAUUGUUUGCUGAAAUUGAAGGGUGGGGGAAAUUAAAUCAAUAAAUGAAGUGUUUAGUUAUUGUUAAGAAAGCUAUUUGUUGGUUUUCAGUGAUAGGGUAUGAGUAGGACAGUGUUUCUCAAACUUGGGUCCCCAACUGUUGUUGGACUACAACUCCCAUCAUCCCUAGCUAGCAUGACCAGUUGUCUGGGAUGAUGGGAGUGGUAGUCCAACAACAGCUGGGGACCCAUGUUUGAGAAACACUGGAGUAGGAACUUCCAUUAUGGCACCAUUCAAGAAUUUAAUAUUGGAUGCAGAAUUCGUCGCUGUGAGACUCUCAACUUCUCAAAUAAAUGAAACCCAUCACAAGCCACUGGUCCUUAAAACUGCAAAGAGUGACUGGACAGUGUGAAGAUAGUGUUCAGCAGAAUCUCAAAAGCUGCAGGCUUAGUGGGUUUUUCUUAACCUUUCUUCUUCAGGUGGCUUUGAAAUCAACUUGGACCACAGAAAACUGAAAACCCCCCAGGCCAAGCUCUUCACGGUGCCAAGCAAGACUCUGGCUCUGGCUGUGGCGACCGAAUGGGACUCUCAGCGGGACACCAUCAAGUUCUACACAAUGCACCUGGUGUGUGAAGGAGAGGGUGGGGCAUGUGAACAAACAAAUGGAAGAUUGAGAUUGCAGUCAAUCUGUUCUCUUUGAGUUAUUAGGCAGAGCAGGAUGUGCACCUGGUAGCUAAUGUAGGCUAAUGUUUGACUGAACUGUAUAAAUCAGAUUGCCGGUGGGAGAUACAGUUUUGAGUACUCCACUCAACUAUGUAUGCAUGUUGUGCUUUGUGUUUUUUAAGACCCUACAAAGUGGCAUGUUGGGAUAGAUGGCCCAUCUAGCUCCACAUUGUGCUAUUUUUCUGCUUUUCACUUUUUGCAACCUGGUGCCCUCCAGAUAUUACAGUGGUACCUUGGUUUAAGAACAGCCCUGUUUAUGAACUACAGUGGUACCUCAGGUUAAGUACUUAAUUCGUUCCGGAGGUCUGUACUUAACCUGAAAUUGUUCUUAACCUGAAGCACCACUUUAGCUAAUGGGGCCUCCUGCAGCUGCCGCGCCGCCGAGCACGAUUUCUGUUCUCAUCCUGAAGCAAAGUUCUUAACCUGAAGCACUAUUUCUGGAUUAGCGGAGUCUUUAACCUGAAGCGUAUGUAACCUGAAGCGUAUGUAACCUGAGGUACCACUGUAUUCGGUUUAUGAACUCCGCAAAACCAGAAGUAGUAUCCCGGUUUGUGAAAUUUAUCUUGGUCUAACAAUGGAAUCCAAACGGUGGAAGGGCACUGGCAGCGGGAGGCCUCAUUAGGGAAAGCGCGCCUUGGUUUAAGAAAGGUUUCGGUUUAAGAACGGACUUCCGGAACAGAUUAAGUUUGUAAACUGAGGUACCGCUGUAUAGCGUUCAUCAGCCUCUAUACCAAAAUUUUUGUGCUGGCUGGAGCUAAUAGGAAUUGUGGUCCAAAACAGAAAGGCACCAGGUUGGAGAAUGCGGCUGUUGCAAGGACUUCUGUACAGGGAGUAUGACUGUAUUGAUACAAGCUGUUUUACAUCUUCAGAGCUUGUGGGGAGACUUAAACGGGGAAUUGGCUGGUUCAUUGCUUCCGCUGUGUCACUCUGCUAGUCUAGCUCUCGAUUUCUGUAGCUUCUUUCUUGCCUUUCAGACAACCUUGUGCAACACAGCUUUGGAUAACCCGUCGCAGCGAAGCAAAGAUCAGCUCAUCAAGGCAGCUGUGAAAUUCUUGGAGACAGACACAGUUUGGUAGAAAUGCAUUCUGGGAAGGGGCUCCCUUAGAAGCUGAAUCUUAAAAAUAUCUGAUCAGGGAAUGAGAAAACCAGUGUUUCUGCAGUCACUGUGUAGUGGGUAUGAAUGAAAAAUCCACUGCCACAUUGAAGUAGAAACUGAAGUACCUCUCCUAGUGCAGAUAAAUCCUCAUUUAUUGAAUUCUACCUCAUUGUUAUAAUCUCCAUAAGAUUGGCUGACCAUUUUAGGUCGAGGCGCCUCAUCACCCCAUUGCAUCCCAGAUGUGAUCACCCCAGCGGUGCCAUGUUCACAUGCGCAAGUGUGCAAGCACACCAGAGGGUAUCUGCUCUCCUCAGUUAUCUCCCGCUUGGACUACUGCAAUGCACUCUACAUGGGGCUACCUUUGAAGGUGGCUCGGAAACUGCAACUAUUCCAAAAUGCGGCAGCUAAACUGGUGACUGGGAGUGGUCGCUGAGACCAUAAAACACCAGUCCUGAGAGAUCUGUAUUGGCUCCCAGUACGUUUCCAAGCACAAUUCAAAGUGUUGGUGCUGACCUUGAAAGCCCUAAACGGCCUUGGUCCUGUAUGCCUGAAGGAGCAUCUCCACCCCCAUAGUCCAACCCAGACACUGAGGUCCAGCUCCAAGGGCCUUCUGGCAGUUCCCUCACUGCAAGAAGUAAGGAAGCAGACAGAGGGCCUUCUUGGUGGUGGCGCCCGCCCUGUGGAAUGCCCUCCCAUCGGAUGUCAAGGAAAUAAACAACCAUCUGACAUUUAGAAGACAUCUGAAGGCAGCCCUGUUUAGGGAAGUUUUUAAUGACUAAUGUUUUAAUGUAUUUUUAACCUUCUGUUGGAAGCCAGAUGGGCGGCGUAGAAAUAAUAAAUUAUUAUUAUUUUUACUCAGCUGAGCCAUGUAGAGCAGCAGAGAAGCGGGACGGAUACUUUUCUCCCCAUCAUGAGGUGGAAAAUUGUACUCUCUGUCCUUCAAAUCAGUCUGAAGAGCAGAUAGUGACUAUCUUAUCCAUCACAAAGCUGGGCUGGGCAGGAAGGUUGCUCUCCAUCAGCCGAGCCCCACAAUGUUGUUACCCACCAUCACCUUGGCUUGGCUGACGGAGGGAGGAGAAUUAUUGGAGAACUUGAGAGAGACACCCUACACUUGCUUUUGUUGGUUUGCAAGCCCCCUCCACAGAGGCUGGCCCCUCUCACUGUCCUCGGAGCUUGCAUACCGGUAACCUCCUCUGGCUGACAUCCAGACAGACCAGGGAGAUUUUGAUAGGCGACAUUUUCCCAAGCGUGGGUAAAUGCACACCCCCUCCUCCUGCUUCUUCCCUAGCAGGGAAAGGAGACAAGUCAGAAACGUCUUUUACAUUCUUUUAUUUCUGACUACAGCACUAGAGAAAAAAAACACGUCCUUUUAGUUCAGUUCUUCUAGCAAGUCGGACAAACUUCCUGUGCACACGCAAAUGGAAGGUUUCAAAUUACACUCCUCACAGAGCUCUGAAAAGCCUGUGAACUUCCUGGGAAAUUCUUUCCCACAGAUAGCCACAUCUUGUGAUGUCAACAAGCUGGCUGUUUGCAGCUGCGGUGUUUCCAUAUACUGACAGCUUUUACUCAGGAAGGUCCAUGAGUAACAGUACCAUGCCACAGCUGGGACAGCAUAGUCAACUUGAAAAUUUUAGAGGGCAUUUGUGUGCGUGAUAAAAUUGGGAUUCACAGCUUUUUUUUGUCAGGAAUUGGAAAAGCAGGAUUGAAUCUUGGGAGGUGCAAUCUUAGCUGCAUGGAACCUAAUCCUGUUGUUCUUGAUGGUACUUUUUUUUGCUUUGCUUCCACGGUAUUCCAGCUACCGGGUGGAAGAGCCGCCUGCCUUGGUGGAACUGCAAAAGAAUGAGUGGGAUCCCAUAAUCGAGUGGGCAGAGAAAAGGUAAGCAAAAAGUCAGUGCCAAGGAAAUGCUGAUGAUGCACAGAAACGCCCUUGUCCCCAGAGGAUGCUUGUGGCUCAGGGCACGAAAGUUAAACUGUGUUGGUUGGGGAGCCAUUUAGAUUUCUUAGGCCCAUUUUUGAGCCUUCCUAGGGAAGACAGCUGGAGAGGAGAAAGGAAUUGCAAUGCUCUGGCUGCCAACUGCCUCCUCCAAAGGUAUGUUGAAGGACUAUCACUUCUGUUAGCUAGAUAGGUAUUGUUUUUGUGUGUGUCCUAGAUUAAAACUGGAGGUGCAUUUGCUCUUACAAUGGCAACAGGCUUAUUUUUUAGAGGGUUCGUUUCUACCCAUCCCCAGGUUUCCUGUAUGAGUACCUAAUCUUGAGUGCUCACAAAAAAUCUACAUACACACAGAGACUUUGCAUAGGCUGCAUGUGGCUUUGGAGGGAUGUUUUUGAGGUUCUUGGAUGUGACAGGAUUCCUUUUUAUAGCUAUAUCAACUUUUUACAAAUGUAUUUAUGGUGACUAUAUAUCUAUAUCUAUAUCUAUCUAUCUAUCUAUCUAUCUAUCUAUCUAUCUAUCUAAAUACAGAGCCCUCUCCAAAUAAAUAAAUAAAAAUCAGCCUUGCAACAAAAUUGACCAGAAACCCAGAGGCUAAAAAACAGCCAGAGAUACUUUUCUCAAUGAAGACGUUCUGGGUUUGCUCAAGAGUGUGGUCUAUCUAAGCUCUGCUCUGCUUGCAGGUACAAUGUUGUGAUUGGCUCAUCAACAAGCAUCAUGGGUCCCAGCAUCCCGCAAAGCACGAAGGACACCUUUGUCAGCCACCUGGCAUCGUAUAACAGCUGGGCCCUUCAAGGUAAAAGGAGGGCUGUGUCCUGGGACUGUCUCUGCUGUUAGUCCUACGCCAUACCCUGCGUCUGCCGGUUUUCUGCUUUAGCCAGAAAUGUAUUUUGAUGUUAAGAAUUCUUUAGUUGUUAUCCCACCAUGUGAGAUCAAGUGGGGGAGGCACACUGGGGGACCUUUCUGCAUUUUUAAGAGAGACUUAAUUUUUUUUAAAAAGAGCCCUGCAGGAUAUGGUUCAGCAUCCUGCUUCCCACAGUGGCCAAUCAGUGGCCUCUGAGAAGCCCACAAACAGGAUGUAGAGGCAACAGCCCCCUCCUGUUUAUCCCCAGCAAUGAGUAUUCAGGGAUAGACUGCCUCUGAAUAUGGAAGUUGCAUUUAGAUGCCUGUGGACAGGCCUCCUCUUCCUUCUCCAUAUCCAAUCUGAUGUGAGCACAACAGUAAAAAAGCGGGAUACGAAUCUAAACAAAGUAAUUGUUAUUUUGAAGCUGUUUAAGCAGGGCCGUCUUAAGCAUAUCCGGCGCCUAGGUGCAAAGAUCCCUCCGCCCACCCCACCCCACCCGGUUUCCCAGAGUUGUCGACCUUUUCCCAAGCCUCUGCGGGAAUCGCUCUCCUCCUGUGGAGGCUUGGGAAGGAAGCUGCACGCCCACCAGCCAUAUGGUUGACGGGGCGCAGCUGGCGUGCGUGCAGGGAAAGGCGAGGCCACCGGCAAAGCCGCGCAGCUCCCCCACUCGCUGGGGCACCCCUGAGAGGCCAACGCCCUGGCGCAAUGCGCCAGUAAGCCCAAUAGGAAAGACAGCUCUGUGUUUAAGCAGCAGUGGCCCUCAGCAUGUUUUGUGGAGGCAAAUUCCAUGGAUUGAAUUAUGUGUCCCGUGAAUCAACUUUCUCUUGUUUGGUCCUGAAUCUACAGCCCUCAAUUUUAAUCCUGGUACAGUGGUACUUCUGGUUACGUACUUAAUUCGUUCCGGAGGUCUGUUCUUAACCUGAAACUGUCCUUAACCUGAGGUACCACUUUAGCUAAUGGGGGCUCCCGCUGCUGCCGUGCCACCACCGCGUGAUUUCUGUUCUCAUCCUGAAGCAAAGUUCUUAACCCGAGGUACUAUUUCUGGGUUAGCUGAGUCUGUAACCUGAAGCGUAUGUAACUUGAAGCGUAUGUAACCCAAGGUACCACUGUAUGACGAGGGAAGCAGAAAAUAAAUACCGCAUUUUUCCGUGUACAACAUGCCCCCCUGUAUAAGACGCCCCCUAAUUUUGGGGACUCAAAAUUAAGAAAAUGGGCGGAGAUUGCCCAGAGUUAGAGUUUUUUUAGAGUUGUAGAGUCUGUCCCCGCGCCAGCAGAAGCCACCAAACACACCACCCUAUUGACGCAGCGACAGCCAAUCAACACCAGCCCUUGCCGCAGCCAUCAAUAACACGCCAAAAUAGCCGCUGACAAUCUCCGGCUCGUGGCAGCAACCAACCCCACAUCCACUUUAUGCACUAUCUGUGUAUAAGACGACCCCAGAUUUUAAACAUAUUUUAAUAAAAAACCCUUGUCUUAUACACGGAAAAGUACAGUAUCUUUUUUCAGGUUAUACAGCAUGUUAACAAAAUGUCUGCUGUGUCCAUUUGAGCCACCUUUGUUUUCCUACAUGGCCUCCAGUAAAGUAAAGAGAGAAACCUGAAUGCUGCCGCCGAAUAGGUCCUAUUUUCUUACGCAGGAAUAAUGGGGCAUUAGGUGACUCCUCACCUUUUCUUGACUGCUCUUCUUGUCGCCUGAGAUUGAUUUGCACAAGAAAAUGACAGGUUUCCUUCCCUCUUUCUUUCUGGUUUGGGGCGUUUCCCCCUCUUGCUAGGCAUAGAAUACAUGAUCACCCAGCUGAAGUCUCUGGUUCUCUCGAUGAGUCUGCUCGACAAACACCUCACGGUUGAGCAAGCUGUCCUACUAUCUCGUCUAGAGGAAGAAUACCAGGUAAACCUCGUUGUGACAGAGAUCUGGGGCUUUGGGGCCAAGUUAAUUUAGGGACCGUCUGCUCCCAUUAUGCGCUUGCCUGCCAGAUAAGACCAGCCUGUGGCUCUGAAAAAAAUGUUCAUGACACUGAUGGAUUCAGUUCUAUAUCACACCUUUUAACAAAAACAGCUAAGGUGACUUUUCUAAAAAUAAAUACCUAAUGAAAUAAUGGCCCUCCCCUCAAUAAAACCAGCGUUGCAACAAAACCGAGCACAGCAAUAGAUCCCAGAGGCUAAAAACAGCAGAAGUUACAUAAUAAAUCACGGUAUUCUGGGUUUGCUCAAGAGUGUGGCAAUUUUUUAAUAAUAAUAAGAUUUUAUUAAAGCUUUUUCAUAAUACAGUAAGAUAAAAGAAACUAAAUAAAAACAAAAACAGCAAGAGAGAGAAAAGAAAAAGAGAGAGAAACGUGUGGCAAAUCUAAGCUCUGCUUUGCCUCCUGCUAUGGUGUUGUGAUCUAUUUCCAGUGAGGGUCUGAUUAUUCUUCUCAUCUUCCUUCAGAUCCAGCACUGGGGGAACAUUGAGUGGGCCCACGACUAUGAGAUGUACGAACUUCGGGCCCGCACAGCUGCUGCUGCCCUUUUUGUUCAGCUUUGCUUAGAAAAUUCCACGGUCAAGCACAAGCUGCUGCAGGACUGAGAAUCUAGGGUGGACAAGGAAUGGGCAUCGGUGGCACUGGGCAGACAUGUAGAACAUCCAGGACCGACUGAGUGGCGGGUGGAGAAGAAAGGGAGCUGGUGCUGGUGGGGUGAUGGAAUCGCACUACUCGUCCAGGUGAUAGCGGUGAUCCUGAUGGACCUUGGAGCCUUAGACUGACUGGGUGUGGCGAUUCCCCCUGAACGAGGGGGCAGGAAUGCCUGGCGUCCAUUUCCUUCUGUUCAUCCUUAACCUGGCCCUUGGCACAUCCAAGAAGACUUCCCUUCCUCGUACUACACACCCUGUCCUCCAGGCCCUCCAGGCUUGAGGCCCCCAAGUUGUGAAUUCCCAGGAGGAAAUCCGUUCAUUCCUGGAAGUGACAGGCACCGUCCAGCUGUGGCUAUUUUGUACCAUUGUGGCCCCUAUUCUCCUUGAUUCCCUGGCUUACCAGCAGCAGCCCAGUUUGAGUUUCCCAGCAGGAUGCACAUUUUCCACGGGGAGGCAAGCCUCUUGAGCACAGCUGCUGCAGGGUGUUCAUUUUGGCUGGGCUGAGGCUGCCCACCACCCAACUUGAUUGGAAUCUGGACCAGUCAGUGGUGGGCAGUGUGGCACAGCCUCACCUCUUAACCCAAGGUGGUGGCUCACUAGGGGCUCCUGACAAAUCAAGAGAGAGCAGUCAAUCCCUUUGCUUCUCUCGAAACGAGAAUGGCUUGCGCUGUGGGCAUCAGUGCUCCCCCGUUUAGAAUUAAGUGGGGUCUUGGCAGCCUCUGUUGCACAAGGGGUGAAGAUGUGAAACAGCUGCUGGGUACUUUGGACAGCAUGGAGGGGUGUAGGCACCUAUUUGACCUCUCAGCAGGCGAAUCACGGCUGCUUUUAUAGCAAAGGUGGUAUGAUGCUAAUCUGUUGCAUUUGCUCUGACCUGCCCUCCUCGCUGCCUCCCCCUUCUCUCUGUAGUAAGCUGCAGCAACAAGUUAUCUGCAGUUGGAGGGGGCCAGAACCCAGGCCAGAACCAGAGUUAAGUCUCCCUAUAUCCCCCUAACCAUUGCACAUCCUCCCAUAGUUUCAUAGCAGGCCUCUGUGUCUCCAAGGAAGCCAGAGCCUGCUAUGGCGGUUGUUUUCACCCCUUUGUGUACCCAGCAGAGAAAAAUGCAUUCUUCUCCCCUCCCUUACAGUUUGAUUAAAUAUUCCUGUUUGGUGCCUCUACAUGCAAUGUGGAUUUCUGGGUGCAUGUGUGUGUUUGUUUAAAAGGAGUUGGUUUCAGUGCCAGAGCUCUCUGGCCCAAACAUUUGCUUUGCAGCUGCUCCAAGUUCAGCUAAAGCGAAAAGAUUUUGGGUUGCAGAGUUGGAUCCCUGGAGAGCUAAUCUGGGUAAAGACCAUUCUAGACAAAGGUGGUCUGAACCUGAUUUCUGGGCUUAGGUUGACCAAUAAGAGAAUGCAGUGAGAGAGCAGGACUGUGUGGAGGGGGCCGGCCAAGGCAGCUGUGGUCAAAACCCUGUAGGUUCUGGCCAUUCUCAGACCUGGGGGUUAUCAGCUUUGUCCACUGGUUGAUGGAUGCACCUGCCUUUAGGAAAACAGGAAUGGGAGUUUUACAGAAAUAAUGGCAAAGUCCAAGCACAUGACGGCGAGGAUGAUACGAUUUUUAAGGAGAAAGUUCAAGGUCCCCCCUUAAAAAAUGGGGCUGUGAUUCUGCCCAGCUGUUCUGCAGUCUGCUUCUUCAUUGGGGAGGGAAUUCUGAGCUUUUCAGGAGACACAGCGGUACCCCUUGUUGGCUGUCAACCACAUGAAAAGUUAGAAGCACUCCACACCCCUACAAAUUGGCCUGGGUUUAAAAUAGCUGCAACCACCCUUUAUUUCCUCUGUUGGUGUGGAAAGGAAAAUUGUGAUUCUUUGCCUUUUACAUUCAUGGCACAGGUGCAAAGUUGGGAAAUUUAAAUAGGAACAAACCUUAACUAACAAGAGUACUAAACCAUCUCUGGCAAUGCCUUGGACUCGGUUUUAAGAUGUGAGCUGUUUUUUGGGGGCCAUAUGUGGUACCUUGGCCAGCUCCCUCAUUCUCCCAAGGGCUCCUUCAUCUUGAAACAAACUUCCUUGCACACAGAAAGCUAGCAUGUCAAGGAGAAGUCUCGGCCAGUAGCCUGACAUAUCCAUUUUCUCUGUUCAUGGAGGGGAACUUUGGCCACCUGAAGCAGCCUCCUUCACAUUGUUUCCUGGUCUUAUUGCCUGUUUUGUCUGCUGGUUAUCUGCCUUCUGAAGGUGGAGAAUGUCCUUUGUAGGAGCUUAGAUUUGGAGAAGCUGGUCCCACGUUCAUUUAACAGCUGAGCGUCUUAUGGAGAGAGAUUCUGCUCAGGGAUGGGCUUGGAGCCGCAGUACAGGAAGGCUCUCCCUUUGUAUACAUUAUGCAAGAAUACAUUGAACACGCUUCCUAAACCAUGGGAUGCAUGCUAAUCCUGAUUUCCCCUUGAGAUGUCCAGCUGCCAAAGGAGUGUCAAUGUGUUCCAGGUCAUCCUUUCAUUCCAAAUGGAGCGUCAGUAAGGCUCAGUGGGCUGGCGCAAGCCCCCACAUAAGCCCAAGAACCAUAUCUGGAAAUGUUCUGGCUGGGGAGAGGCUCCUCUGCGCAGUGCAAAUGUUCUGCCCUCCCUGAGUAGACCCUCUCCCCUCUUCUUGGGCCUUUCACCACUGGCCAGUCACUUGCCCCAUCUAUGGGUUCCAUUCAUGCUGUGAAAUGAGGGUCCAAUCAAUGUCAGAGCCAACCAUUUUUUAGACAGCGCACCAAUGCUAAUUGGGUCCUCUAAUCAGGGUUUUACCGUAUUUUUUGCCCCAUAGGACACACUUUUUCCCCUCCAAAAAUGAAGGGGAAAUGUGUGUGCGUCCUAUGGGGCGAAUGCAGGCUUUCGCUGAAGCCUGGAGAGCGAGAGGCAUCGGUGCGCACCGACCCCUCUCGCUCUCCAAGCUUCAGGAAGCUAUCCACAAGCCUUGCAAGCCCGGCGGGAGUUCCCGCGGGCUCACAAG